AUGACACAGCUGCAGUUCAAAGACGCGUUUUGGUGCAAGGAGUUCACUUUUCACACUGGCUACGAGGUGCUCGUACAGCGACUGCUGGAUGGACGGAAGAUGUGCAAGGAUGUGGAGGAUCUGCUCAAGCAGAGAGCACAGGCAGAAGAAAGAUAUGGGAAAGAGCUGAUCCAGAUUGCUCGAAAAGCCGGAGGACAAACAGAAAUCAACACGCUGAAGGCAGCAUUUGAGAGUCUUAAGCAACAAACAGAAAGCGUUGGCAACUCUCAUAUCCAGCUCGCAGUGAUGCUGAAGGAUGAACUGAAGGGAAUAGAGGAGUUCCGAGAACGACAGAAAGAGCAGAGAAAGAAGUAUGAAUCUGCAAUGGAGCGCAUGCACAAGAUCAAGGUGUUGCACUACAAGAAAACGAUGGAGUCCAAGAAGACCUACGAGCAGAAGUGCAGGGAAGCGGAUGAGGCUGAACAAGCCUUUGAGAAGACGAGCGCUUCUGGCAACCAAAAGCAGGCAGAAAAGAGUCAGAACAAAGCCAAGCAAUGCAGAGAUGCAGCACACGAAGCAGAGAAGGUGUACAAACAGAACAUAGAGCAGCUGGAUAAGGUCAGGACAGACUGGGAACAGGAACACAUCAAAACCUGCGAGGUCUUUCAGCUCCAGGAGUGCGACCGCAUCACGAUCCUCCGCAACUCGCUGUGGGUUCACUGCAACCAGCUCUCUACUCAGUGCGUGAAGGACGAUGAGCUGUAUGAAGAGGUUCGGGUAAGCCUGGAGAACUGUGUUAUAGAGUCAGACAUAGACUACUUCAUCAAGACCAAGAUGACAGGAACGCAACCUCCAGAUGCAAUAGGAUACGAGAACUAUUACGACAAAGAACCAAGCAGAGCCAACAGCAGCCCGACACAGACUUGUGGGAUGAUGAAAAGGUUCUCCGGACUACUACAUGGGAGCAGCAAAAGCAACGGGGAAAGUGUCAUUCCUUCCGCGCCUCCGCUCGAGAAAACAGAUGGGGUCUAUGCAUCCAUUUUUGUAAAUGAACAAACAGGAAUCACAUUAUCACAGGACUACAGAGUACUGUAUGACUACAGAGCCCAGAACGUGGAUGAACUGGACAUCAGGGAAGGAGACAUUGUAGCUGUCAUUGAAGAAAGAGAGGACGGCUGGUGGACAGCAGAAAGGAACGGGCAGCGAGGCUACGUGCCAGGAUCCUAUCUGGAGAAGCUCUGACGAAAAGAAGCUGCAGUCCUCAGACUUUAAAAAUAUUCUACUAGUGAAAAAAAACAGCACACAAGAUUGGCUUCACUUGACCAAGAGCACUCCAUAAUACUGUCCUCUACAAUUAUUAGUCAGGAAAAAACCAACUGACCAUGCUUUUCCUCUUCCUUCCUCUUCUCAUGCCUGCCUUUUGGCCUACGUUGCCUGAGAAAACUUGCUACAUAUCAGAGAGGC